CGCAUCGCUGCAAUUGGAGUUGCAGGAAAACAGGAGUCGCAGAAUGCUCUAAAGGAUCUGCACCGCAUCCAACGACUAGCUUAAUCUGAGGCAUUCCGACAGGCGCAGCUUGGUAGUGAAGCUGCAACAGCGGCAUCGGGACAGAAGAUGAUCAAACUGCGACCAUAUGUGCCCUCGAAGAGGAUUGCCAUACGGGACUCGUCCAUCGAUGAGGAUGCUAGCGACGAUGUCGAGGACGAGGUGUUCAUCAAGGAUGCCAGGUCGGCCAAGCGCAGCGAAGAGCAGGGCCUAAAGCGACCCCUUAUGGCCCCGCGGCGCAAGCACAGCUCUGGCGGACCCGGAAAUGGAUCGGGAUCAGGAUCGGCCCCCAUAAUGAAACAGCACAGGCGUCGCCGUUGCUGCCGCUGCUGUGAACCCUUCUGCUACGCCCUGGCCGCCUUGACGGUCCUCUGUGCGGUGCUCAGUCUGGCAGCCCUAAUGCUGACGCUCUUCCCUCUGCCGAUCCAGCGUAUUCGGCACUGGUGGCGCACAGAUCCCGCCCAGCUGGCGGCUAUGUCCGCCAACUCGGCCCGCAUCGGAUACGGCAGUUCCAUGGGCAGUGAGUUCGUGCCCUGCACUCAGAUCAGUGUCCAGAAACGCUGGAGUCGCAGUCUGCCGCGGAUGAACAGCGAAAGUCCGCUGCGAGCGGCCGAUCUUAAUGGCGACGGGAUCAGAGAUGUGGUCUUUGGCUACGGAGUGGACGACAACAUCCACUACGAGGGCAUCCCCUUGCCGCGCUGCAAGUCUGCCCAGCAGGGUGAGGAGGUGCCCUGCGAGGGCGGAGUGGUGGCCCUGAACGGGCGCGAUGGCUCCAUCUUGUGGCAGUCGUGGAGCGUGGCUAAUGUCUUCUCGCUGCACUGCAGAGCGGAUGUGGACGGAGACGGUGGCACCGACUGCGUGGCUGCCGGCAGACUAGGGAUGAUCUAUGCCAUCAAUGGCCGUACCGGCUCCAUUAUCUGGCGCUUCCACGAACUGGAGGUGGAGACCAACUCUCCGAUCGUGAUGGACUUGUACACCAUCAACGAGCUGAGAGAUCUGGACGGAGACUCGGUGCCAGAGAUUAUUGCUGCCCAUCUGGAGGAGCGGGAAGAGUCCAAGGCGGGACACAUAAAGCUCAUCUCUGGCAAAACCGGAAAGGUGAUCCGCAGCAUACCAACGCCCUACCGCGAGGAGAUGUUCGUUCCGAUCCAGCUCCUCACCGAGGCGGAUGGCACAGAGCUUCUGCUGAUCCUCACCGGUGGCCAGAAUACACCGGGCGGCAUCUACUCCCUCAGACUGCACUCGCUGAUGGCGCACACCAGCGAGAAGCAUUUCACUCCGCUCUACCGGCAGCAGGGAUCGGGUCUCAUGGUGCCCGCCGUGCUCACUGAUCUCAACGGCGAUGGCAUCUCCGACGUGGUGGUGGCGGCCUUCAACCGCAGUGUCCUCGCCUUCGACGGGGCCAACUACACGAUGAUGUGGAAUUACACAUUCCCGGCCAGCGAGUGUGUCAGCGCCAUUGUGCCAGGACACUUUGACCACGACAACGUGACGGAUUUCAUGGUGAAGUACAACACGGGUCCGGGCUUCCCCGUAUACUACUACUCACAGACCACAAUCCUGGAUGGACGCUCGGGACUGCCCCUGCUUAACGCCAUGAUGACGGAUGCCGGAGGGGCCAACAGCCUCCUCGGUGGAGUCUCCAUUUCUCAGAGCUUUGGCGGCGACUUCUUCCUGCACUGGCAGCUGCAGUGCCGAAAUCGCCCGGAUGCCCGCGAUGCCUACGAAUUCGUGCCGGACAGCGACAUCAUCCUGCAGGCCAGGGCGGAUACUUGUCGCCUGCGCUACAACGAGUCCACGGUGCUGAAGCUCUACGGAAUUGCCAGACACAUCGAGCCCCCAGGUGCUGUACUCUUUAGCACCGAUGACCUGGAGGUGCAGCUGAAUCGCACACAACGACCGGCGCCAGCUGGGAAAAAGUCCCCGCUGAAGCAUCCCAAGUUGCUCAAGAAGCUGCUGGCUGGCAACCGGGAGCAACUACUGCGCCAGGUGGCUGCCGGUACAGCGAUGGGAAGUGUAGCCGGCAUUGGCACUGGGACGGAGCAACCGCCGGGCAGACGGACGAAGGGCCACCACAGGCAUAAUGCAUUAAUGGAGCAGCAGCUGCAAGAGCUCUUGCCCCAGGGAGCGGACAACGAGCUGCCCAGCUUCGGCAUGGCAGGGGGAUACCCAAAAGAGGCCUACAAGGAGUUUAAGGAUUAUGACCCACUGCCGGAGAGUGCAAAUCCAUUGCGUGUGCAGGAGGAAUACGAUCUGGUGUACAACGACGAUGUGCAGCCGCUGCUGGAGCAAGUGGAUCGACCCAUCCACCUGCGCUCCAAGUAUCCCAGCUCCGGAAAUCGCGAUGUCCGCAGUGAUGACCUUGAGGCAGGUGGCAGCACGACCGCCCCAACAGUCUCUAGCACAACAGGACUUCCCCUGAUGGCUCAGUCCCCGCUUAGCCUGUGGGACCUGGAGCUGGAUAACGAGGCGCGGGAGCAGGCUGCUGAUAAUGCUGCCGGGGACAGCCGCAAGCUGAAGCGACGUCGCCGACGGCGUGAGGAGGAGAGUGUUUCCGGCGCCACCACUGCUGCUGGGGAGGAGACUACGGGUGGCGAAGAUCCUAACGGCCCAGAUUGGUACUUGGCUUCCAUCUCCUCUACCGGCGUGCUGCUCAAGGCGCUCGGUAACGCCAGCUCCUCGCUCGACUUUGCUUUCGUGCUCAAUAUCCGGGAGUCGGAGGCCUACCCGCCGCUCUUCUCGCCCCAGGAUCUCAGCUGUGUGGAGGAGAAGAUAAGCGCGUAUAAAAGUUACACCAUCGACAACCUGCGCGUGCUGCGCAAACAGUUCCUCAAGCAGUGCCUCAGCGAGCGGCUGGUGGACGCCGAGCCGGCUCUUCCAAAGUUCGAGUCACAGCUGGUGGUGACCCGCAUCGGGAUCACGUGCACCUGCCGCACCCUGCGACCCGGCGAGGUCUGCUCGGAGCUGGAUCCGCUAGAAGGGCAGCGCUGGAGGGAGUUCAUGGGGAACACGGGACACGGCUUCUAUGCCAACAACUAAUCGCUAAACGCUGCCGGAGUAGGGUUUCGCAGCGGAGGACUUGGUCCUUUUGGCCACUGACGCUGGGAGCCUUCCGCGCCGGCCGCGCUUUCUCUUUCUCUCGAUGUCUCUGUCAACUCAACAGUCACUAUUGUAAUUUAUUGUCAUUUGCGUGUUGUGGGGUUUCUUGUAAUCGUAACAGUAUUUACCUGCGUGUAUUUGUGUAUAUUUUACGAGUUCUUUUGACAAAU